GUGGCCGGCACGGCGGCGCGGCGGCGUGGGGGCGGCGCGGCGUUGGGGACACUCGGUGAGGGACGGUUUCUGCCUUUGUUCCCCCCCGCCUCGGCCGCCCCCGGCCCGCCGGUCCGCGCUGCCUGGCGCCGCUCGGCCGCCUCUCAUGGCCUCCUCUCUCGGCUGUGUCGCUUCUAGGAUGGCGGAGGUACCGCCUGGGCCUAGCAGCCUCCUCCCACCACCAGCGCCUGCGGCCCCAGCGGCGGCCGAGCCCCGCUGCCCGUUCCCGGCGGGGGCUGCACUCGCUUGCUGCAGCGAGGACGAGGAGGACGACGAGGAGCACGAAGGCGGCUGCGGGAGCCCAGCGGGCGGCGAGGCGGCGACCCCGGCCAAGGCGCGUUCUUGCCUUCGCUGCCCGCCGCUGCUGCCCCAGGAGCAGCAGCAGCAGCAGCAGCAGCAGCAGCAGCAGCAGCAGCAGCAGCAGCUCAACGGCUUGAUCGGCCCAGAACUGCGACACCUCCGGGCCGCGGCGACCCUCAAGAGCCAGGUUCUGAGCGCAGCGGAGGCGGCCGCCCCCGACGGGGCCCCCCAAGUGACUGCCACAAAAGGAGCCGGAGAACACCGGGACGAGAGACCAACCCACUCGGUCCCCAACAAUGCAAGAACUGCGCUCUCCGGCCGGCCAGAGGCGGCGGCGGCGGCGGCGGCGGCGAGCGACCCCGCGGCGGCGAGCGACCCCGCGGCGGCGAGCGACCCCGCGGCGGCUCGCAACGGACUGGUGGAGGGCAACGAGCCGGAGGAGGAGGAGGACGAGCCGGUGCGGCUGCUGUCUUCGUCUCUGACGGCCGGCUGCAGUAUAAGGAGCUCCCUGGGCCGGGAGGCCGAGCCCGGGGAGGAUCGGACGAUACGAUACGUCCGAUAUGAAUCCGAGCUCCAAAUGCCUGAUAUCAUGAGACUGAUCACCAAAGAUCUGUCUGAACCCUACUCCAUUUAUACGUAUAGAUAUUUUAUCCACAACUGGCCACAGCUGUGUUUCUUGGCCAUGGUAGGGGAGGAGUGUGUAGGUGCCAUCGUUUGCAAGUUGGAUAUGCACAAAAAGAUGUUCCGCAGAGGUUAUAUAGCCAUGUUAGCCGUGGAUUCCAAAUACAGGAGAAAUGGCAUUGGUACUAACUUGGUAAAGAAAGCUAUAUAUGCCAUGGUUGAAGGAGACUGUGAUGAGGUUGUUUUGGAAACCGAAAUAACGAAUAAGUCUGCUUUGAAACUUUAUGAAAACCUUGGUUUUGUUCGAGAUAAGAGGCUGUUCAGAUACUAUUUAAACGGAGUUGACGCACUGCGGCUUAAACUGUGGCUGCGCUGAGAGACUGCCACAAGGAAUGGCUCCCCGUGGAAGCGACUGUGCAUGCAAUGCAAUUUGUGCAGAAUUGCUUUGCAGGUGGAUUUCGUGAUUCCCAUGCAGCUGUUAUCUGUCAGUGUCCAUUGAGUGUCGCACAAUAUUUGUUGCACUUUGGCAUGGCGCGUUUGUUCUGAAUUAAAUGAGAUUGUUUUAAACUUCAAGGGUUCUUUUGGUACCAACAGGAUGUGCCAGUUACUAGCCAAGACUUGUUCAUUUGCAAAGUUUGCUGACAGUGCUAUUUACAUAGUGAUCAUUUUAUCACAGAACAAGUAAGUGGGACAUGAUUUUGUUCCUUAAAGACGCCAAUGUAGUAAAAGUCUCUUAAGUAUACUAACAAUUCACACAAAACCUGCCAUAGUUUUCUGAAGAGAUUGAGGGAAAAGCUUCAAUUUAGGUUUUAUUUUUUCAAUAUUAAAUUUUCCAUUCUUGAAUAUUAUUGGUACCUCAGUAAUUAGUGGAUGAAAAGUGUGGGGUGGGGUUUGUCUUACAAUGAGUAAAGAUGACAAUUCAGUUGCGUCUGCCAGUGCCUGUGUAGAUAAGUAUUCCUGUCUUCAUCUCUAGUUUUUGAAUGCAUGCUAUGCUGUCUUUUCUUUUUCUUUAAUGCCUUUGCAAGCAAACUUAUUUUUAUU